AUGUAUUACGAGAGGGAUUUCUUGGGGGAAGGGUCUUAUGGAAAGUUGUAUAAGGGAAAGGAUACAAAAACCUAAGAAGAAAUAGCUGUCAAAAUUUUUGAUCUGUCAAAGAUGGAGGGUGUCGAGCUAGAAUUGCUCGAAACAGAAAUAGCCACCAUGAAGGACUUGUAGCACCCUAAUAUAGCCAAAAUUAUAGACAGCUUUAAGUUACCUCCAAAAAAUAUGGUUAUAAUUCUAGAAUUGUGUGAUGGCGAUUUAAACAAACUGAUGAAAAAAUACGGCGGAAAAUUACCAGAAUCAGUUGCUUAGGUUGCUCUAACUUAAUUAAUGGAAGGAUUCAAAUAUAUGAUAAACAAAAAUUAUAUUCAUAGGGAUGUUAAACCAGCGAAUGCAUUGACAAAAGGAUCUGUCUAUAAAGUUUCAGAUUUUGGUUUUGCUGGAAAGGUUAAUGUUAGAGCAAAAUAAAAACUGGAUUUAUUUUGUGGAACUCCUAUAUACGAGGCACCUUAAAUUUUAGCAAUGAUUCCUUACACUGCCAAAUGUGACUUAUAUUCUAUCGGAGUUAUGGCAUAUGAACUAGUCUAUGGAUAGUUCCCCUGGUCCAACAGAGCAGGAGACGAAUAACUCUUGAAAAACAUCAAAAAUGUCCCAUUAAGAUUUCCUGUAGAUAUCAAGGUUUCUGAAUAAUAUAAGGACUUCCUAAGGAGAUGUUUAGAAUAUGAUGAAAAUAAACGUAUUGAAUGGGACGAAGCUUUUAAUCAUCCAUUGUUUAAGGUUUAGGAAAGUUAGAAAUAAUAUGAUUCUUUUAAAGUGCCACAAAAUGCUAAGGAUUUACUAGGAUAAUUAUAAAAGAUUUCUUAAGCUCGAGAUAUUAAUGUUGUUGAAUUAUUUGAAAAAUAUGAUACUGAUAGAAGUCUUUAACUGGAUAGGAAUGAAUUCUAUUUGUUCGUACUAUAACUUGAUCCCAGACUGACUAGAGAUUAAACAACUUAGAUUUUUAAGGUUAUGGAUAGAAAUGGGGACGAAUUGAUAUCACUUGACGAAUUUAAGGAAAUCUUUUGCAACUACGAAUUCAUCAAUAUCUCUGAUAAGGCUGAAAGGAUCAUUAUUGAUUUAAGAGAAGUUGUUAAAGCCAGAAAACUAAAUUUAGAUUAAUUGUUUAGAAGCUUUGAUUAACAAAGUGAUGGAAAACUGAACCCAUAAGAAUUCACAUAAUUCAUUAAGUAAAUAGCUCCAGGUUUGAAAUAAGAUGAGAUUGAGGAAGUAUUCAAGAAGUUUGAUAAGAAUAAUGAUAAAGAAAUUACCUUUGCUGAAUUUAAAGAGUAAUUAGUUGCUGGUACUCAAUUCGAUUCAAAAUUUGACCCAGAGCAAGAAAGAGCAAUGAAACUAUUAAGUGAUCUAAAGAGAAUAGUCAGAACUAGUGGAAGUAAUCCAUAAUAGAUUUUCAAUAACUUUGAUAAGAAUAGGAGUGGUAAAUUAGAAUUCAAUGAAUUCUAAAACAUUUGUAAAAUAAUUGAUAGGAAUAGUACACCUGAUGUUGAGAAAGUCAUGUUUAAAUUAGUAAACAAGUCAAAUAGUCAAGGAGUUUCAUUUUAAGAUUUUCAGUAAAUAUUUUAAUGAUACAUUAUCAUCAGUAUU